AUGGAAGGUGUCAAUCAGACCCUGCAGUUGACCCAAUUCCUGUUCCUGGGUUUCUCUGGCAUGCCCAGAGGUCAACCUUUCUUCUUUCUGCUGUUUCUGGCCAUCUACCUCAUCACCUUGGUGGCCAACUCGGUCAUACUCAUUUUGAUCCAGUUGGAUUCACGCCUCCACAGUCCCAUGUACUAUUUCCUCAGCCAUCUGUCCUGCUUGGACAUCUGCUAUUCUUCGGUCACCCUCCCCACCAUCCUGGUGAACCUCCUGCGCCAACAGCCCACCAUCUCCUACAACGAGUGCAUGGCCCAGAUGUUCUUCCUCAUGACCUUUGCGGGAACUGAAUGCGCACUGCUGGCUGUGAUGGCCUACGAUCGCUAUGCGGCCAUCUGUGAACCUUUGCGCUAUUCUCAACUCAUGAGUAUGGAGGUGCGAGUCCCUCUGGCUACAGCUUCAUGGGUCUGGGGUCUUGUUGACUCUAUCUUUCAUACUGCACUGGCCACUGAUUUGGCCUUCUGUGAAAACAACCAGAUCCAUCACAUCUUCUGCGACGUUCCUCCACUCCUGAAAAUUGCUUGCAGUGACACCUAUACCAACGAGAUGGCUCUUCACACGGCAAGUAUCUUUGUAGGGCUGUGUCCUUUCCUCCUUGUUGUCAUUUCAUACUUCUACAUCUUAUCUUCCAUUCUGCAAAUCCGCUCUAAUAGUGGAAGGAGAAAGACCUUCUCCACCUGUGGUGCCCACCUGGUUACCGUCAUUCUUUUCUAUGGGAUGAUCAACUUGAAUUACAACCGUCCCAGUGCGGGCUACUCCUUAGGCAUAGAUACUCUGGUCUCCAUCCUCUAUUGUAUUGUCACCCCCAUGCUGAACCCCUUAAUCUACAGCCUCCGAAACAAGGAAGUCAAAGGGGCCCUACAAAAACUUCUGGGCAGUCAGGAGAAGGAGGAUGCAUCUCCUGGAAAGCAGUGAAGGAAAAACCUUCCUACCUUCUCUGCUUAUCCCUGUCUAUGGGCCAACAACUUUGUUUUCCCAAAUGGGGGGUUGGGUAACUGCAAACUUUAAUAUGACACAUUUGCUCAAUGUCUCUGGGAUUCUCCUGCCAGUAUCCUUCUUUCCUAUGUCCCCAUUUUGCUUUAACCAUUUAAGGUGGGAAAUGUCACCAAUUGCCAGGAUCAUAUUAUCACAUGAAGUGGUUGUGCAAAGAAGCAAAGUACUAUUGGGUUAAAAUACAGACAUGGUUAGAGGGAAUGCUGCAGCAACCUAUAGAGUUAAGACCAGAUAUAUUUCUAUUGGGAAUAUUACCCGAGAAAUAUAUAAAGAAGAUAUAUAUUCGAUUAUUCAUAUAAUAACAGUGGCC